CUCCCGGCUCCCGGCUCCCGGCUGGCGGCUGGCGCUCGGGUCCCAGCUGUCGGGCCGCAGCCCCGGCGCCCGGAUGCACCAGCCCGCCCCGCGUGCCCGCCUCUCCGUCCAGGUCCCAGCAUGCCUUCCGAGACACCCCAAGCAGAAGCGGGGUCCGCAGGGUGCCCCCACCUUUCAGGGGCAUCCCUGGAGAAGGGGCCCCCGGCAGAUAAAGAAGCCAAGGAGCGCCUCUGGAUCCGUCCCGAUGCCCCCAGCAGGUGCUCCUGGAAGCUGGGCAGGCCCCUCGCGGAGUCUCCGCAUCACCACACUGCCUUGGCGAAAUCCCCCAAAAUCUUGCCGGAUAUCCUGAAGAAAAUUGGGGACACCCCCAUGGUGCGAAUCAACAAGAUUGGCAAGAAGUUUGGCCUGAAGUGCGAGCUCUUGGCCAAGUGUGAGUUCUUCAACGCGGGUGGGAGCGUGAAGGACCGCAUCAGCCUGCGCAUGAUCGAGGACGCCGAGCGGGCGGGGACUCUGAAGCCCGGGGACACCAUCAUUGAGCCGACGUCCGGGAACACCGGGAUCGGGCUGGCCCUGGCUGCCGCCGUGAAGGGCUACCGCUGCGUCAUCGUGAUGCCGGAGAAGAUGAGCAUGGAGAAGGUGGAUGUGCUGCGGGCCCUUGGGGCCGAGAUCGUGAGGACGCCCACCAACGCCCGGUUUGACUCCCCCGAGUCGCACGUGGGGGUGGCGUGGAGGCUGCACAACGAGAUCCCCAAUUCCCACAUCCUGGACCAGUACCGCAACGCCAGCAACCCGCUGGCUCACUACGACACCACCGCCGAGGAGAUCCUGCAGCAGUGUGACGGGAAGCUGGACAUGUUGGUGGCUUCGGCGGGCACGGGUGGCACCAUCACGGGCAUCGCCAGGAAGCUGAAGGAGAAAUGCCCGGGGUGCAAAAUCAUUGGGGUGGAUCCGGAGGGCUCCAUCCUAGCAGAGCCCGAGGAGCUGAACCAGUCAGAGCAGACCGCGUACGAGGUGGAGGGGAUUGGCUACGACUUCAUCCCCACGGUGCUGGACCGGACGGUGGUGGACAAGUGGUUCAAGAGCAACGACGAGGAGGCCUUCGCCUUCGCCCGCAUGCUGAUCGCGCAGGAGGGUCUGCUGUGCGGUGGCAGCGCCGGCAGUGCCGUGUCGGUGGCCGUGAAGGCUGCCCAGGAGCUGCAGGAGGGCCAGCGCUGCGUGGUGAUCCUGCCCGACUCCGUGCGCAACUACAUGUCCAAGUUCCUGAGUGACAAGUGGAUGCUUCAGAAGGGCUUCCUGAAGGAGGAGGACUUCACGGUGACCAAGCCGUGGUGGUGGCACCUCCAAGUUCAGGAGCUGAGCCUGUCGGCGCCGCUGACGGUGCUGCCCACGGUCACCUGCGAGCACGCCAUCGAGAUCCUGCGUGAGAAGGGCUUCGACCAGGUGCCCGUGGUGGAUGAGUCAGGGAUGAUCCUGGGGAUGGUGACCCUGGGGAACAUGCUGUCGUCCCUGCGUGCCGGGAAGGUCCAGCCGUCAGACCAAGUGCAGAAAGUUCUCUACAAGCAGUUUAAGCAGAUCCACCUGACGGACCCACUGGGCAAGCUCUCGCACAUCCUGGAGAUGGACCACUUCGCCCUGGUGGUCCACGAGCAGAUCCAGUGCCACGGCAGUGAGAAGUCCAGUAAGAGGCAGACGGUGUUCAGGGUCGUCACUGCCAUCGACUUGCUGAACUUCGUGGCUGCCCGGGAGCGGGAGCAGAAGACCAAGUCAGGAAGCGGGCCGGAGCCCAGACCUGCCUCGGCCACGGUCCAGCUCUGACGGCCCCCGCGCCGCCGGUGGGCUCCGUUCUCCUUCGCUCUUGUAGACACUGAACCAACCAACAUGUGAUUUUUAACCGCCUGACGCUGGGGUUGCUCUAACGUGAUGGGUGCGAGGAGCAGGUGUAGGGUGCUUAGCCCGGGACCCGCAUAAGUGCUGGCUUCCCCCCUCGUGACCCCUGGCUACCUAAAUGAGUCUAUUUAUGGUUUAUUGGAGCGCAUGGGCUUUUAACUUUCUUCUAAAACGUUUCAAUGAGAAAAUCUGAGUUUCAACGAGGAGUCAGCCAGGUGGGUGAGGCCACGCAAUCACCGGGGUGGGGGUGGGAGGGUAAAAGCAGACGGUGCCUUUUCUGGAGAAGAAUCCAGACUGGGGAGCAGCAGGAAGGGGGCUAGGGAGGUGGGGUCCGUGUGUCUGCUGGGGCCUGGGGCGGUCAGAGCGACUGGAGUGUUGGGGCUUUGUGAUUGGGGUGAAAUUUUCAUACCUUUAAAUGACCAGUUUAAAGAUGUUAUGGUCUUGGUGCCGUGUAGCCAGGUCCUCUCCCCUCCCCUCCCCCUCCUGGCAGCUGCCCAUCUGCUUUUUGUCUCUGUGGGUUUACUGGUUUGGGAUACGUCAUAUAAACGGAAUCAUGCAAUCUGA